AUGACAACAACCACUUCUAUGAACACUCUUGUCGUGAGUGCCUCCAUUCAACAACAACAACAACUCAUCGAUGUCCUCUCGACAGCCACAACCAUUGGUACUCAUGUCAAUGUUCAACAAGAGUCAUCAUCAGAACCCAACUUUACAACAACAAAUCUCAUGACACAAAACAGCCAAAUUUUUACAAAUGAGGCUCAUUCUCUCUCUUCGAACCAUCAAGAACGUGACAGGAGCAGUAUUGAAAGAGAAUCCUCUUUUGACCCACUUGCAGAACUCAAAGAAUCACCAAAAGAAAACAACAUCUCAACCAACAACACAACAACGUCAUUGAAUUGUUGUUCCGUUUGUCAAACCUUUGCAGAAGAGAUAUCAUCAUCGAUUCGUAGUAGUAAUAACACACCGCAUGGUUUGUUCAACGUUGCAAAACCGAAACAACCAAGUAUAUCAUUAUCAUCAACGAACGAUCAUUCUCCUCACGUCUCUAAUAAUACCAUAAAUCCUCACGACGAGAAUAUGGGACUCAUGAUGAGUAGUUAUUACAAUCAUGUCAUCAUGGAAUCAGCUGAUCAAGAAUAUUUAGCUCAACAGCAAACAUUCCGUUCGCACCAUCAUCAUCAUUAUGACGCAGCAGACGAUGAAAUUCCUAUUGAUGCUGUUGAUGUUACUUCAUGCCAUGGUCCAGUGCCACUUGUCAACGCAUCAUCACACCACACGUUAGGUGACUUGCCAUUUGAAAUGCUCUUCCACAUUCUCACAUUCCUUCCUCAUCAAGAUGAUCUUACUCAUGAAUAUGAAAAGUAUUGGAGUUCUCGAGAGAGAUGUAUGAGAAAGCUUCAUGCUGAAUCGAAAAAGUUUUCUUCUUCUUCGGGUGUCCAAUGGAGACAACGAUUCGUUCGGAACUUGAUUGAAUCCAGUCAAUCAUUGUCCCAACAACAGCAACAGCAACAACAACCACAGAAGGAUCAUUCCACCACCACAACAUCAUCGCCAAUCAAUGUCAUGGUCGACGCAAGCAUUGGUGGAUGUUCGGCAGCAAUCACGAAUUACCCUUCCGAUGGCCAUGGAUCCAGUCACUUGUAUUAUUCCUUGUUCAAGAAUGUACACUUUUGGCAAUUAAUUUGUGAAUUCUAUUUCAAUUUACCAAAAACAGAGAAUUCAGAGCCACCGGUUGAUAGAAAGACAUUGAUUAGUAUUUAUGGAAAGGAGCCAUUUGAGAGAGAAGAUUCUCCAACUACCAUGUCAAAAAUUGUCAAACUAGGUGAUUGGCUUCAAACCAUGUUAAAUAUUUCCAACUCUUCAGAAUUGAACAUUCCAGAUGCUCUUGGAACUGAAUGGCAAGUGGUUUCAACGGGAGCUGUUCAAACGUCUGGAGCUAAUGCUUCUCUUUUCAUUAGCACCAACAAUACUUGUUAUCAUCAAGAGCUUGCAUUGUGGCAAUACAGUUAUCACUAUUUGCAUUGCAUUCCUGCAAGAUUUGAUCAAGAUUCUCGAUACAUGUUACCAAUAUUCCAAAUGGUGACAAAACCAUCCUCUGUUGAAGAUCCAAGUGAGCUUGAAAUGUCUGCUAUCAGUGAAUUGACUAGAAAGAGUUGCAUGUAUAAUACUUGCAUUCAGAGAAGUAUUGAAACUGAUAACAAAAAGUCACCUAAUGACUAUCGAUGGAGAAAUGCAACCAGUUCAAGAACAUUUUCACCUAAUAAUUUGUAUUAUUUUGAAUUUUAUGUUGAAAAGAUUGGUGGUAUUAAUUUGGGUGUUGGUUUAGUUCCAAAUAUUCACUUUACUGCUCCUGAAGGAUCCAAUCCGGUACCAAAAGAUUUCAAUCCAACUCAUUUUGAUAAUUAUAUUUGGCCAUCUGGAAGUUGUCACCACUGUUUUGAAAUUAAUAACCAACGAUACUACUCUGGAGAUGUGGUUGGUAUGCUUGUUGAUUAUAGUUACUCUGAAAAGAAUGUUUUGAAAAUUCACUUUUGUCACAACUGGCACAAGAAGGAUAAGAGAAGAGCUUUAUUCAACAAAUUGAAAAAGAUUAGAGAGAUUGAAACAAAACUUUCUGAGAACCAUCACAGUUCAUUCUCAGUCGAAAGUGUGGACGAUGAAUUGUGUGCCUUCAUUCUCGAUGAUGAACUUAAGGAAUUACAAUCUAAGGCUCAAAGUAAUAUUACUACCAGCGCUGCUGACGAUGAAGAAGACAUCAAUUAUCCAUUUAAGGAAAAUCAAAUGAGACUCAUUUACUUUACAGAUGACAUGCAAACUCAAUUUCCUGAAUGUGUCAUUGGUGAAGGUAGAAAUGAAUUGAUUUCCUUUAUGAAAGUUAAUAGCAAGGACCAACACAAUUCUUCUCCUUCCAAACGUAAAGAUGUGAAAAUUGAUGUUCAAUCUCAGAGACCAACACCAAGCAAGAAAGAACUCAUUCUCCCUGAUUUUAAAUUAUGUGUCACAACCUAUGACAAGGACGAUUCUGUUUCCUUGAUUCGACCAUCUCAACCCUAUCCUCCAUUGUAUUAUCACCUCCAAAGAAAAGGCAGAUAUGACAGACAAGAUUUUAUGAAAUCAUUGCAUGAAGAACAAUUUUCAGAAUUUGAAAAGAAGGAACUUCGAAAACUCUUACUCGAUGAGAUUAAUGAUUAUCAUUCUCAAUGUAAGACGACAACAUCAACUGCCACAAGCACUAGUACUUCUACGAGCGCUUCGAACGAUAGGAGUAACAAGUGUCUCAUCAUGUAA